UUUUUUUUUUUGCUUUUUUGGACUACAUCACCCCUACGUAGCCACGAGAUCAGCUGCGUCGUCAAGCCGGAAACUCUACCAGGGACGCUCCCGGGUGCCGUUUAUAGUACACACCGCUUCAUCACAGUCUGAGAGAAACGACCAAUCCCGGUUGGUCGCACAGAAAGCGCCCGCCGCCCGAGUAGAAAACGACCACCCGCCCAUCCACCCCUUGCUGGGCAGGCCUGCGGACUUGGGUCAUUCUCACCGUCCGAGUUUAUAACGAGCCGCGGGCGCAACUCGACGGGAAACGAAAACAUCACCAGAGGAGCUGAGGCGGGAGAGAAAGGAAGGGACACAUAAGAAGCUGGCCCGACAUGGCAGCUCUUGACAGGCAGUCGAGCUUCCUGCCGACGAUAAAAUGCUCGUCGUGUGGGAACCAGAUCGAGAUCUCCAUGAUGGGAGACCACAUCUGCAGCGGCCCAGGAGAAGAACCGCCAAUGCCGCCUCUUCCCGAGAAGGAAAAGCUUGACACCUUUAUGCCCUUGAACAAGGAGGUCCAUGAGAAGAUUGGACGUGUGCCGGCACCACCAAAAGUCGACACCCUCGCAGCGAACCGUACAUACUAUCGCGCAGGACAGCUUACACCUGUGAGCAACUCGAGCGGGACCGCGUCUCGUAGCGCAUCGCCCUUGACGCCCAACUCCCGAUCGCUUGCUGGCCGUUCCGAGGACUACUUCGCCCCAAAGAUCGCGAAUGAGGAUGACCCGGCCACCCAGCAGCCCCAGCCGCGCCGACCCGGCGGAUACGGCGGACUGAAUGAGUUCGACGACCAGAUGUACCCAGCAGACUCUGCUAAGAAGCAGGCCCCGAACCUGCUCGCCCGCAUGAACUCGAUCGCGCCCGGUCCUUUUGAUGCAGGCAGGAGGCCAUCAGCAGCCAGCCGGAACCCGCCUCCAAGGAGGCCAAGCGACGACGACGGCAUGCGCGAUAUGGGCAACCCCUACGGCGAGAGACCCACCACUGCCAACACCAACGCAAGCUUUGGUGGCGGUGGCAACCUACCGAGGGCACCGAGGACGAAUGGCUAUGGUGGGUUUGGACCUCCGCAGCGUUCCCAGGACGAGUUCGAGCCGGAGCCUCUCAACUCCCGAUCGGGCACCUUUCCUCGCGAAAGCGAGCCCGCAGACCGCCUGCUGCGGACACCCUCCGAGCCUGGAUCACGCCCAGACCGGCAGCGGAGGCCAUCCAACGACAUGUAUGCUCGACAGCCACCGAUGGGCCCCGACACGUCGCGCCCGCUGCCGCCGAGGACGAGCUCCAACAACAGGCCGCCGACGCGCGAUGGUAACCAAGCCGCUCCUGACCUGGCGGUUGAGUUUGGAAUCGGAAACCCUUACCACAGUGCAAACUCUUCGCUUUCAUCUAGCGGCUCCAGCCGCCCGAGCCAGCCAAGCUCGCAAACCAGCCCAACCCGCUCGUUGCGGUCGGGCCCAGCAAGGAAGCCAUCUGACACCUCAAACUUGGACAGCCUAAUGCAGGACCUCCAGUCCUCCAUGGACGACAUGGCAUCUCUGGGAAGGGACCGUGACCCUCCCGCCCCACGUGAUCGCGGCCACGAGCGCACUGGCUCUUUGCGCAACCAGUCUUCGACUCGCCGCCAGAACAGCCGAAACGAUCCCUACUCGCAACGGGCUCCAUCGCCGCUGCCGUCUCCCACCUGGGAUAACUCGAUGGAGCGAGGAAACGCCGGGGGCCGAGGACGUGACAACCGCGGCCCUCCAUCCCCCCGAUACUCUUCGCCCGAGCGGGUUCCCGAAAGGGCGGCCCCACGAGUUCAGUCUGGCGGACGGGAAGCGGUGCCCAAGAACCGCGGCAACUGCAAGGCGUGCCGCGAACCCAUCACUGGAAAGAGCAUCUCCAGUGCAGACGGACGCCUGACGGGACGGUACCACAAGGCAUGCUUUGUGUGCACGACGUGUCGCGACCCCUUCACGUCGGCCACAUUCUACGUGCACGACGACAUGCCCUACUGCGAGCAGCACUACCACGAGAUCAACGGGAGCCUGUGUGGAACGUGCAACAUCGGCAUCGAGGGCCAGUACCUGGCCGACGAGCGGGACACCAAGUACCACCCGCCCUGCUUCCGCUGUGCGGACUGCGGCCAGAUCCUGAGCGACGGCUAUUUCGAGAUCGGCGGCCGCCGUUACUGCGAGAAGGACGCAUGGAGGCGCACCCAACCGGCGCCCCAGCCGACCAGCAGAGUUGGUACGCCAAGUAACUUGGGCCCCGGCGCUAGACGACCACCCCCGGGCGGUCUCGCUGGCGGCCCCAAGGGGUUCCCUGGCAACAGGGGCAUGCCUGGCCAGCCAUAUGGCAUGUCGGGCGGCGGCGGCAACAACAGCAGGCUCGGCCCCCCUGGAUCCCGCCCCAGGAUGGAGAAGCGUAUGACGAGGCUGGGCAUGAUGUGAGCUUGCCAGCCACCGAAACUCGAUACAGUUUUUACCGAAGCUACGACGCAUUGCGAACAUAACGACGACAAGAGACCUGUCGUUUUCCCCCUGGGAUGCCAAUUUUUGAACAUCUCGGGCUCUAUUUGGAACACAUUCACUUUGUUCUUUUUGUUUUGACCCUCGCGCCUCCAGCAGGCACAGCGCGGCAUUUUUUUUUGCCACCCUAGGACCUUUCCCGGUUUGAUUUUAAUUGCAAUGUACACCCUCACAUAUACAGUCUGCUUCAUUCUUUUGCCUCAGCCUCUUCCCCCGUUUUCGGACGCCUUCGAGACCGAGGCCCCGGAUGGAGGACUUUUGGAUACCCAGCGAUGACAUUCAUCGUUUUAUACCCCUUUUCCUUUUGAAUUCCAUUUGAUAUAUCAACAGUUCGCUCUGUUUCCUUUCUCUGCAUCUUCUUUGUUCACUCACAUACACGGUUUUUGGAUGUUGGGUGGCUCGGUCUGCUAGGUGGCGGAGUCUUGGGCCCAGCUGGAUGGAGAACGUUCUUGUGUGUAUUGGAAAUUACGACGGCGAACCAGGCUGGCCCUAUCGGUCAGCAGGGACCAGCAUUACUCUGCCCCUCGCGUGCACUUUUGUGUUCCUAUAUCCCAGCGCAAAGGCACGAGAAAGAGAGAACGACAAUGAACCCCGAGCACGUAAAUAACAGCAUCGCCCUGAGAAAUGACGGGAGAUUUGCUAGUCUGGUCUGGGCGUCCCUCGAAAUGGGGUUCUGCCACAUUAUAGCUACAUAAAACAAUUCAGGUACCCUACCUCGACAUGUCAGAGUACCUACCACAUUUGUUACCUAUCCUCUUGACGAAAGCCCAGGCCCAAGCCACGUGCGCCUUGUCUUGGCUGUUCUGGAACGUAUAAUGGCCCCAUGUUAUGUCUCACGCUUUGUCUGGACCCGUCCAGACAGUUUGGAACUCAC